AUGAUGCUGGGUGAUGUCAUGUGUUGGCUUGGUGUGGCUGAGGCCGAGUCGGUGCGUCCGGGGGGGGAGCCCCUCAUAGGAUGUGUCCCUGGUGUGCAACCGCACGACACCCUUCGGGGACGGUGGGUGGAGAGGGGAGUGUCAUGGCUGCAUGUCCAGAUGUAA